AUAUAAUAUAAACAGUCUUGAGCCUGCUCAGAAGUCUUUGAGUUUGCAGCUGAAUAUUACGAAGAGACUAGUGACGGUGAAUAGUAUAAAAUAUUAGCUGAUCCCAAGUUUCAUUCCUUGAUAAGCGACAAUGCCGCACUUUAGGAUUGAAACUAAUGUUCCUAGGAGCAAAAUUCCCGCAGAUUUCGUUUUAAAAGCAGUGCCGGUGUUGGCCAAGGCCCUCGGAAAACCGGAACAGUACUGCGUCGUGUCUAUCAUCCCGGACGUGCCGAUGAGUUUCGGUGGCACUACAGACCCCUGCGCUGUGGCCAACCUCAUGUCCAUCGGCGCCUUAGGAGUGGAACAAAACAAGAAACAUGCCAAAAUACUCUUUGAGUUGGUUGAACAAGAGUUGGGAAUCAAGAAUGACAGAAUGUACAUAACUUUCCAAGACGAGCCAACGGGAAAUGUGGGCUUCAAGGGAACCACGUUCCACGCCAUAUUUGGAUAAACAUUUUAUUAUCAUUUUAACCCUUGGCCUUGUGCCUUCACUGUAACCUUUUUUUAACACCUACGCAUUGUAACACAAGUAUUUUUAAAGUUGAUUCGCGCUAUGAUGCAUGCGUGAAAACCGUAGUGAAGAUGCCUAAAUAAAUUUAUGGCACUUUAAUUUAAAAUUAUGGAUUUUUUUUUAAAUACUUUAUUUUAUUUAGUUUGAAUUUUUGAGUUUACUCUUAAGAUAUUAAUAAGUUAGCGUAGCAAUAAAUUUGAGAACUGUCACGCAUAUCAUCAUACGGCGCAUCAACUAAAGUAAUAGUUAUUAAGAAUGGGAAAGCCUUAUUGCCUUUACCUGCCAAAGUCUCAUAAUAUACUGAAUGACAUGGAAUUACAAAAAAAUAACAACUUAUUCCUCCAUAUAUUCAAGUUCAAUAAAAAACUACAGAUUUGACAGCAAAAAUGGCGGAGUCUCAUAAGGCGGGAGCUUAUUUCAAUUUUGUCAUUCUAAUCCUCAGGUCAUGUUCGCACAUCUUAUCAUUGUCGCUUGUUUUUUUUUCAUUA